AUACCACAAUUUUUAACAUUAUUGCUACAAAGCAGCAUGAGAAUCCAUAGCAUACAAGUGUGAAUAUGCUAAUUAUCUCUCCAUUCUAUUUUAGCCACACCCCGUCAUACUUAACCACACUUGGCUGUCCUGUUUAAUGGCAUCUCAUCUGUUGCCCUGGUAACGGAGGAGAUGAGAGGGAAGGUGUGAAAACGGUUGAGACAGAAGCUGCUGUUGCUCACUCUAACACGCCUGAGAUGCGAUCGUCUCUCGCAGUUCAGUUUCAGACCACCGACCGAAAAAACAUUCGUCAGGCACCAAGUGUUAAAACUUCCAAAUAUAACCCACUGUUUUCAUCUGACAUUUUCAAUUACAUUCAGAGCGCAGUAAAUUCCUGCAGCUCCUGCUGACUCUCAGAACAGUAAUUACUGUGGAACAAUGGCGCGUCUGCAGGACUCAGUGUGUGGGAUGUUGCUGGUUUUUUAGUUGAGGUUGAGCGAGUUGAGUGGAAAAUGACAUAUUACAUUGUAGGCACUCUUGGCUUGAGCCGCUGAUUAUGCAAGUAUUGCUCAUUGUUGGACGAACUUGGCGUCCUCAUUGAAGGCUGCUAUUGUAAACCGUGGUUCGGUUUUCACACCGCGUAGGAGUUUGAGGAACCAUAAACUUUCACGCACAAAGCCGAUCUCUAUAUUUUGCUUUGAUAAUGAAGUUCAGUUUGUCUUUCUGCUCUCUAUUUAAUAAUUCUUUUGGAGUUGCUCCAUUCACAGGCUAAAGCUAAAGCUCUGUGAUGUACCUGGCUAUUCAUUAUCACACUGUAUGAUCAUCUACAUGCAUUAUCCCUGAGGUCAUAGAUCCAGUGGGCUGUAUUCAGAAUCGAUGACUUAAGUCAAAAGAUCCCGCGUAAGACGUACCUAUUCAGAAUUGGGUUACGCACAUGCUUAAGUCAAUUUUCUGGGGACUAUAUGUUCAGAUUAUGCAAAUUACCUGUGCAUAGUUCACACCUCUGCCAGAGUUUUGAGUAGAAGAGUUUGAGGCGUUACUUAUACAGUCCACACUGGAUUUCGAGGAGGUUUUUUUGUGUGAUUGUUGUGACCAUUGCUGUGGCUUUUUUAAAAAAUUUGAGAUGUAGAAGGGAGAAAGCACAAACACCUGAGGAGUUUUUGUGCUUUUUUUUGCGGAAAACUACUUGAAUUGCCGAAAUUGCAAUUGCACGAAAUUGUUUUGCACGGCAGUGAUGUUUGUUGGUAAAUGCAACCUUUUAGUAGCUGUACUCAUGUUCGACGCACAUGAAUCGAAGAGGGCUUUGGCUGAAUGUCACAUGAUGCGUCUUGGCCCAAAUCUGCGGUAAUUUUGAAAAAUUGUAAACUCCUCCAAAUAUUAUGGAGUUUGCUUGAUUUUGCAUUCGUUUUUGUGAUCGCAAAAUCCUGGAGGGACUUUUUAUUUAUUAAUUUAAUUAAUUAAUUUUUUUUUUUACAAAUGCCUAGACCACCGAUUUGAAAGAAAUCAGGGAUAGAAAAUAUGGACUGAAGUAGAUAAUAGUGUUUACUGUCAAAUGUAAUAUGGUGUAACAUGAAAUCAAGAGACAGUUUAAAAUGAAAAAUAAAAGACUACUAUGCUUCAUAUAACUAUGAAGAGGAACAGACUAAUAGGAUACUAGACAUUUAUUAGGAGUCUAGUAUGUUGCCAAUAUAUUGCUGAUUGAAUACUAAUUAUCUAUUAAUCAUUAUCUAUUAAUGUGUAAUUAUCACAUUAAUCACUGCGAAUUUGGCUCACAACACUUAACUCUGACUUAUUACUUGCUCGUCCAUAUUAUGACUGGUGGAACAGCAAGAGACGUAUGUAUAUUUUAGGUUAACCAAGCACUUCAUUUAGUUGAUUAUUUUUUUCUUAUUAUUUUUGUAGGAUUUGGAUAAAACCAGGGAAAAGUUACAUUCUUCUAAUGACACGCUAGCAGACAAAACGUCCACAACCACAUUACACAGAACUCCAGAUUUUUUUUGAAGAUCAAGGUGGCGAGAAUGGGCCGUAAGAAGAUCCAGAUUACCCGCAUCGUUGAUGAGCGAAACAGACAGGUGACCUUCACUAAGAGGAAGUUUGGCCUGAUGAAGAAGGCGUACGAGCUGAGUGUGCUGUGCGACUGCGAGAUCGCACUCAUCAUCUUCAACAGCUCCAAUAAGCUCUUCCAGUACGCCAGCACAGACAUGGACAAGGUUUUACUCAAGUACACCGAGUACAACGAGCCUCACGAGAGCCGGACUAACUCGGACAUUGUCGAGGCCCUUAACAAGAAGGAGCAGCGUGGCUCUGAGAGCCCAGAAGUGGACACAUGCCCGUAUGUUCUCACCCCACACACUGAGGAGAAAUACCAGAAGAUUAAUGAAGAGUUCGAUAACAUGAUGCGCAGUCAUAAAAUGCCGGCGGUUUUGUCUCAGCAGAGCUUCCCCAUGCCUUUGGCACUGCCAGUCUCUGAGCAUAGUGUCCACUCCUACAGCAGCAUCGGGGCUCUGGGUGAGGCCGGCAUGCUGUCUCCAUCCUCCAACACGCUGCAGAGAUCUCCGAACACACGACUCGCAGGUCAGCUCUACGUGAGGGAAACUGGUGUACACACUUCCUCAGACCACACACCCAACGGUGUUCACUCCGCUUCGAUAGUCAACAGCUACAUCAGUGCUCAAGGAGAGAACAGCAUGGGGAGAGGACCAACAGCUAAAUCUGCAGCAUCCCCUACAGGAAACCUCACACCCAUCGGACAUAAGCCAGAGCUCCGAGUGCUCGUUCCACCAUCCUGUAAAAUCUCACCAGCUCUGAGGAUAAACAGCCCACCAUCCAGCCAAUCACUGAGCACGCAGGGGGUGUCCAUGACAACAUCCAGUAUGCACCCACAGGGCCUGCCGUACCCCGCUAUGACAUCAGCAUACAGCUCAGAUUAUGGCUUAAACAGCUCAGAGCUCAAUAACCUACAUGGCUUCAGCAUGCCAGACAACCUGACUUUGGCUUCAGUGUCACCAUGGCAACAUACUCAGAUAGCAAUUACUUCUCAGGGAGUCUCUCGUUCCUUAUCCCAUGUCUCUGAGCCGUCCUCCAGGUCUUCUCCAAUCAUGGAUAUAAAAGCUGAGCCUGUGUCUCCCCCAAUGGCUUUCCUCUCCGCCCCUCCCUCCUCUUCUCUCCACUCUCCAGCUGAAAGCCUUGCCUCCUCCUGCAGCUCAUACGAGGGAAGUGAGCGAGAGGAGCAGUGCAGAGAUGCCUAUCCCUCUGUGCCCACCCCGGGUCAGGGCAACGGCCCAUCCGAGGGCAUCAGGGGUCCAUCACUCAAACGGCUGCGCACAGAGAGCUGGGUGACCUAGCACUCAAUAGGAAUCGGCUGUUUGAAGGAAAGCAAGCAGGGAGCAAACCGUCUGGUCACUAUUUAUUGCAAAUAACAGUAUUGCCAUUGUCCCUUUUUAAUAUAUGUAGCAGGAACUAUAGGGACAUGACAUAGGACACAGGAAAAGGGAGUGUCCUGAAGGAAAACUCUUCUUACAGGGUUGUACAGGGAUGACUAAUAGUCAAGUCAUACCUUUUUAUCAGCAGAAAAUCAAAUUUAUGAACAGCCUGUAGGAUGUUUUUGUUGUUUGUUUUUUUUUUUUGAUCAGGGAGUAAAGUUUAGCUUUUAAUUAUAUUUGUAGUAUGACAUCAAGCCAAAAGUGUUUGAUAUUUGUAAAUGUUUAUACAGUUUUCUUUAUGGGUCUUCAAUCUGAAGCAUGAAUUUGAGCCAGUAAUUGCCUGCUUCAAAAUAUACUCCAUAGUGCUCUGGGCAUAGAUUGUUUGCGAGAAAGUGUAUUUUCAUUCUUUCUUUCUUUUUCAUGCUAGUAUAUGCAAACAAACAUGAGCAUUAUUAAAACUCGUUGUUCUUUGGACUUUAUAAUGAAUAAGCUGUAAAUGCAUGCUGUAAUCAAAUGUUAGUGCAGGGGAGUCAAACUCAAUAUCCAGUUGCUAUGCCCUUUCUGAGGUUCAAGUGCAAUAAGGAGUUAAGUGUGUCAUUGUUCUGUGACCACUUCUGUCACUAAUGAUGGCAUAAGCCUCAUUAACUUCACAUAAGUGAAGUGCAGACACAAGUAAGGAAAAACUAAGCAUUUAGGACACAGUGUUAUCAUUUACUCAAUGUGACGUUACAUACUCAAAUGCUUAGAGAAGGUGCUGUCACUAUAUAUGUAAUUAUAUCAGCUGAUUUAGCAUCAUUUGUAUCCAUAACGUUUUUUUUUUCUCUCUUCAUUAUGUAGGCUCUAGUUUUGCAUAAGAGGCCGCUGUUGAUUUUGCAUUGGUGUAGCCAGAAGGUGUGUUAAUGACUCCUAGAGGGCGCACAUAAGUACACUUCUGAACCCCAAAAUAAUUAAAGGGACACUCUGGAACCUUGUGGAUUUCAUGGACGCACACAAACAAGGUCCAAAAGACCUCAAGUAUGCCACUUGUGACAGGAGGCUUCAGUGCUGUGAAAAAGUAUUUGCCCCAUCCCGAUUUCUUCUGUUUUUGUGUAUAACUCGUACUAAAUUGUUUCAGAAAUUAAAACAAAGGCAAUCUGAGUAAACACAAAAUAUAUUUUUUAAAUGAAAUGUUAUUUAUUGAAGCAAAAAAAAUUAUACAAUACAAACUAGGCAUGUGUGGAAAAUGUAUUUGCCCCCGUAGUUACUAAUUCCCCAAAUCUAUGAAACUGCAUUCAUAAUGGGGUUCAGCUGGACUAGACACAACCAGACCUGAUUACUGCAAACCCUGUUCAGUCAAAUCAACACUUAAAUAGAACUUUUUCAACAGCAUGAAGUUGAUUAAACGAUCUUACCCAGUAACACACUGUGCCAAAAUUUGAAAAUUAGAAAUGAUGAUGAAGAAGGUGAUUGAAAUACAUCAGUCUGGGAAGGAUUACAAAGCUAUUUCAAAGGCUCGGGGACUCGAAAGAACCACAGAGAGAGCCAUUAUCUCCAAAUGGAAAAACAAGGCACAGUAGUGAACCUUGACAGAAGUGUCUGACCUUCCAUAAUUCCUCCAAGAGCACAGCAACUAUUCAUCCAGCAAGUCACAAAAGUGCCAAGGACAACAUCAAAGGACCUACAGGCCUCUCUUACAUCAAUAAAGGUCACUGUUCAUGACUCCACUAUCAGAAAGACACUGGGCAACAUCUGGCAUAAACCAAGCACAGAAUUCCACAAAAAGAACAUCAUAUCUACGGUCAAGCAUGGUGGUGG